AUGAGAAAAGGUGUUGGUCGGGACGUCAGAUUUCGACGACAGCAAGGAGUCAGAACGGAAGCUCACUCAGCGUCGUUCUCGGAAAUUGACAUGGUCUUCACACCUCACUUAAUCCUUCCAGAGAACCACAGCUGCAUCUCGAGAGAACAGGAUCUAAUCUGGUUUAGCAAGGCAUCUCAUCAUGCGAUCCCCUACCUCAAUCGCUUCCUUAAAAGCAGUACGACCCUCUCAGAAUAUGAAAUCGGAAAAUUUGGCUCCGAUAUAGGCUCUUUCUGCGAUCAUGUAAACAAGGAGCUUCUUCUGGCAAUCCAAAAGACCGGUCGGGGUAUAACCGAAGGGAAAUCCUCAUUGACAACUCCAGUGGAUGAAGUUUCAGAUUUCAAAAACACUGCACUUUCCGAGGCACUGCCGCCACCAUUUAGAAUCGACCCUGAUGAACCACUUCCACACACCCAAAAGGCACAUUCCUUCGAUAUCCGAUCCAACAGGAAAGACCACGCUCCUGUCCGAGUCAAUUUGUACUGGCGAGAUUUGCCACAUUCACCGGACACUGAGUCUGCUGUGACUGCCACCUGA